AUGUUCUCUUCCUCAGGCAGUGGCAAGAAGCCACCCCAGCAAGAAAUGGUCCAAGUCGAUCGGUCUGAGUCGACCUCGCCUUUCUGGAAACUCCAGCGAGAGGCAACCCCCAAGAAGACAGGUCGCGAAUCCAAUUUAGUGGUUGGCGCGUCGUAUUCUCACGCAGAUAUGCUCAAGUUUGACUCUCUCAAUGUGUCUGGCUCAUCCUCGCGACCCUCCUCUUCACGGCCCUCUUCGUCGCGACCACGCACACCCCCAUCUUCGACUUCGCUCAAGGGCAGAAGCAGCGACGUCAGCUCUCCGCCUCUGCACAAGAAGGGUGGUGCUUCCUCUCCACCAAUCAAGUCCUACAUCAGUUUCUUGUCCAACACAAACCAAGACUGGACCGCAGACGAUCCCGAGGGUGACGAUAUGUAUGGUUACGAUGACGAUGACGGCGACGACUUUGGCCUACCGAGUUUGUCCAACAUGAAAAGGAAGAAUCGACGCAUAGCAGCUGCACAGGGCAAGGCCACCGAUCCAGGUGCCUCCUCUCCUGGCUUUGAGUCGUCGUUUGGGUUUCCCACGCGGCGUUACUCCAACAGUGCUGAUAUAGCAAUUGAGAGGCCCAUGCCGGCAUACCCAAUGCCCAAAAAGAGCGAGGGGAAGAUAUUGCGACCCCAAUACAAGGAUAUACUCAAAGAUCCGGCAAACGCUCUCCAUUUGAUCAACCACCCCGCAAUCCCAGCCAAUGCAUCGCAGAAAGAGAUUGAUGCUCUCAACUCGCGGGUGACAAGAAUAAACAAGUUCAAGAAGAUUUUACAAGCCACCACCAUAUCCCUUCCCGACUUGCGGGCUUUGGCAUGGGGAGGUGUUCCGGAGGAGGUCCGGGCCAUGACAUGGCAGCUGCUGUUGAGUUACUUGCCCACCAGCAGCGAGAGACGUGUCGCCACUUUGGAAAGAAAACGAAAAGAAUACUUGGAUGGAGUGAAGCAAGCAUUCGAGCGUGGCGCCAGUGCGCCCGCAACAGGGGGUCGAGCUAGAGGCUUAGACGAAGCAAUUUGGCAUCAAAUCAGUAUCGAUGUUCCUCGCACCAACCCCCACAUUGAACUUUACGGAUAUGAAGCGACACAGCGAUCAUUGGAACGAAUUCUUUACCUUUGGGCAAUCCGGCACCCGGCAAGUGGCUACGUUCAGGGCAUCAACGACCUGGUGACUCCUUUCUGGCAGGUCUUUCUUGGUACCUACAUCACGGACUAUAACAUCGAGAGCGGCAUGGAUCCUGGGCAAUUACCCAAACCGGUCCUUGAUGCUGUAGAAGCUGAUUCAUUCUGGUGUCUGACGAAACUUUUAGACGGCAUCCAAGAUCAUUAUAUCGUCGCGCAGCCCGGCAUUCAACGACAGGUGGCUGCUCUACGUGAUCUGACGGCAAGAAUUGACGCCGAUCUUGCAAAACAUUUAGAGAAUGAGCAUGUCGAAUUUAUACAAUUCAGCUUCAGAUGGAUGAAUUGUCUGCUCAUGAGAGAAAUCAGUGUUCAGAAUACGAUCAGAAUGUGGGAUACAUAUUUGGCCGAGGAACAGGGGUUCUCCGAAUUUCAUCUCUAUGUGUGCGCAGCUUUCCUGGUUAAAUGGUCAGCGAAACUUGUCAAGAUGGACUUUCAGGAAAUCAUGAUGUUCCUCCAGGCACUGCCAACGCGCGACUGGACUGAGAAGGACAUUGAACUGCUGCUUAGCGAGGCCUAUAUAUGGCAGAGCCUUUUCAAGAAUUCUUCGGCGCAUUUGCGAGGAGGACCAAGCCGGGCGCCUUCGGGAAGUCUGCAGCUAUAA